UCGGCAGCUCAGUCGCUGGAUGUUUGUCCGGAACGCGGACGAAACUGAAUUUACCUCUGCAGGUGAAUUCAGUCACUCAGCGGCCACCAGCCUCACCUGGACCAGCGGAAGCGUUUCUCCACCAGCUUUAAGGCCCGUCACCUUUCCUGGUUUCCUGAAAUGGACUCGUCCUGCAGCGGCAGGUGACGGUCACGUGAUGUCAGGAUGCCUGGAUUCCCACCGAACCCGCCCCCUUCAGAGCACCAGGGUGAUGCCACCUCCACCACUGAACACAGGGAUGUUCUGCCCGGAGAGGAAGUGAGGGAUAUGGAGCCGAUUCAGGAUCUGUCAGAGUCUCUGUCCCCCUCCACCUCGUCUCCACUGGAGCUGAAUGAGGAGGACAUGCAGCCAGUGGACGGCAGCUGGAGCCAAGAUGGAGACCUGGUGGAAUGUGGACAACUGGAGAGGAGGUGGAUCCUCUGGCACGAGUUCAUGGAGGAACACGUCCACCUGGACGCCUGGCUGCGAUUGGCUGAGCAGGCUGUCAGUUUCCCUAACCCCGCCCACGUUACCUAUGUCACAGCCAAGGAUGAAGUGAGGAAGUUUGAGAGGCUGCGGCGCGAGGCCGGAUCGCGGCUCGUCCAGCUGGACGGUUUGACCCGCAGGAAUCGAACGCUGACUCGGCUGUUUCAGGGCGCCAUGCAGGCUCGGCUGCUGGCGUCGGCCAGGCGGUGCGGACAACGAUGGGACGACGUGAACGCCAAACUGGAGUCCAUCGCCGGACAGCUGAAGCUCUUUGUCUCGGAGUGGGAGGGGUUUGAGGCCGAGAGGGAGGAGCUCGCUCUCUGGUUGGCUGACCUGGACGUCCGUCUGAGCGAGGUGGAUCACCUGACAGGAAACACCUGUGAAAAGCUGAGACGACUCCAGUCCUUCCAGCAGUGUGUGUGUGUGAACUCGGGCCGUGUGAACGUCCUGUUGCGGUGCGGCGAGGCGUUGAUCCAGCGCAGCCAACCAGCUGACGCUCGGCACGUGGAGAGCCACCUGGUGGAGCUGCUGCGCCGCUGCAGCCUCGUCUACAACAACAUCGCACGAACGCACACCAGGUUGCUGAGCAUGAGACUGGUGUUUGAGGAUGACUGGAUUCUGUCUCAGGCUACAGACUCUGGUUGUCCUUCAGAGAGUCUGUUAGAGGAAGAGGGAGCGUUUAAUAAAACCAACCUGGACCUCCCUGCCGUGUCCAACCCUCCUGAAGACCCGCCCUCACCCGUUCACCUCCCCCCUCCUCCUCCCUCCCCGUCCUCGCCUACCCAUGAGCACCUGGGGCUGGAGUGGGACCCCUCGGUUGAUAUCGGACGUUCUGUCUCCCGCGACGACGCCGACUCGUCGUAUUUCAGCGCCAGCACAGGUCUGUGUCACAGAGACGGUCUGAAGAGGCGGAGCUACCUGAGCUCUCUGGGCUCUCAGUCUGACAUCAGUGAUGUCGAUCAGGAAGCAGAUCUGAGAUUGGACGGAUGGCCUGACCACGCCCACCCCAGUGUCUUCUCACCAGUAGAGAGCCAGGGGGGCGGGACUCAGCCGAAUGGAGACCAGUGGGUGACCUCGACUCCGAGCAGACGGGACGGUGAGCCAAUCAGCUUCGACGGCGGGCGUGUGAGGGCGUGGCUGGGAGUCCAGAGCCCCGCCCCUGCAGAGAGGAGGACUUCCUGUUCCAAAUCGGUGCAGACGGAUGGCGAGAUGAAGUGUUACCUGGAAGGACGCCACAUCGACACACCCAACAGCCAACAUCGCCAUGACAACACACAAGAGCCAUUUCCCGCCCCCUCUUCUUCACCGUCACGUGACCUGAAAGCCUCGUCUGAUUGGACGGAGGCUGAAGACGAGCUGUCGUGUCCCGAGCGUCUUCUCUCUGAACAAAGUGUGACCUCCAGCAGGGCCCCUUCCUCCCUGCUCUCCAAAGCCCUCCUCUUCUUCCUCCUGGCUGCAGUUAUGGCUCUCCUGGCCUUUCUGAUCUGGCUCGGCUUGGAGCCGGGGUGUCGCCGUAGCAACCGGAUGCCUCGCAGCUUCCACCUAACACUGAGAUACGUCAACGGACCCCCGCCGACAUGAAGUCCAUGCAGAGACGCCCAUGGGCGAAGCACUUUCCUCGGGCUCUGCAGAGCGGAGGGUGGCAGCUCAUCGUGUAACCUCAACAGUUUGCUCAUUUCAAUUAACCCCGAGCCCGACUCGACAUCAAAGAUCCGGCAGGAACCUGCAGGGACUGCAGGAUAAUUAGACCUCGAAUCAGGGGCAGCGCUGAGGGUCAAACACGCCUCCACAAUCCCUGAAACAGCACCUCUGGUUUGUUUUUCACUGUUUACUUCCAUCGUUAGCCCUGUGGCUAACAUGUUUUCAGGUGUAUCUGUCAACUACAGGAAUUUGUUAAUGGUUUUAACUACAGCUGCUCCUUGCAGAUUAUUAUAUCACCACGAAAUGCCUUGAUUUGUAUUGAAAGAGCUGAAUCAUUUGACCAAAAAUCAAACAAACAAAACCACUUGCUGGUGCUGGUAAGAUGAGAACAAGGCUGCUGUAUACUUCCUGAUUCUACUAAACCGAAUCAGUUACUGAUCAUGUUCUGCUCGAUACAUACCGCUCAGCUCCAGCUCCAGCUUCCAGUCUGAGUUUAGGUCUUUUUGAGAUGCCGUCUGUUAAGGUAACACAGUGUAAAUACGACACAAUCUCUUAGAUAUUAAAUAUAUCCUCGUUUCCAACUGGGAUCUAAGAGGUGACAUGACAACACGUCAGGUGUCAGCACAUUUAUUCACUUCUGUCUUAGAGCCCACGCAUUUAAAGAAUACAUAGCAGAAUAUAUGUGAUCUAAUGGAGAGCUGUAAUGUGUAAUGAUUUAUCUUUAUGCACAUCAGAGAUUUUUGGUCAGUGGAAGCAUCCGUAGCUGCCUCACUUUUGUAUUUAAUGGCUGUGUUUAGCUGAAAGUUGCAAGUCUGUAGAUGUAAAACUGUGCCUGCAGCAGUGGCUAACACUGUCUGCUAGUUAGCAUGGAAAUAUGCACAUGUUGCAGGAAAUACGCUGUUUGCUGAAUUCUGUUUAUCUUAGAAACAUUGGCGGGGUUGAGUGUUUUACCCUGAAUUCUGACUUGUAGGCUGGUGUUGUUGCAUUUCACGUCCAGAAAACUGUCAGGACUCAAUCUAUCGUGGAAUGAAGCAGAGGCUGACAGCUACGACAUUAGAAGAUGAAUUGCUUGCACAGGUUAUAUUUUUAAACUGCUAACAGUGCUAACGUAGCUAAAGCUAAUGUAUAGGAUGCAGCUAAUAAGCUAGCUUUAUGCUUGUCUGUAAAUGACUGUACGCAAUAAGACUUCAAGUCAAGAUUCUGAAGUGUUUUGUCCUGCCUCAUUAGAAAAUGAUAGCACUUGUAUUUAAUUCAGAUGUUUUGCUGUAUGAAGUGACUCAUGUUAAAGGUCAAAGGUUAAAAGAUGUGUCUCUCUUUAUGUGUUAGCCCAUCAAAUCCAGAUCACAUGUCCGUGCAUCGCUGCCGGCCACAGAGGGGUUUAUGAACGUGCUUUCCCUUUCUGGACCGGCCGCCGCCGCUCUCACUUCGUUUCUAUAGAAGUCAGCUUGCAGAGACUUGAAAGUUCUGCAGAGAGAUUAUCCAUCACAGCCGAGACCGCGACUUUAUUUACUGUAGUCAGCGCCGCGCGGUCAGUGUGCGGCUUUUCCAAAGAACAAUAACUUCACUUUGGCCAAAAUAAAAGCGUAAACAUGACGGAUGACAGCUGGUUUCAAGUCUCUGCAGGCGGACUUUCAAACACACGGAAGCGCUUCUGUCUCCACGGCGUGGAGUGUUUGCACAGGUGGACGUUCACAGAAAUGAGCAGAUGAUGGAAGUACGGCCUCAGACUCUCGUGGGCAGAGAGUAGAAUAUGAGCUUUGAACUGGUGACUGAAUGUAAAGGAUAUCUGAUGUUUAUUACGGGGGUUAAACGUGUGGAACGAGUUGUCUCACAGCUGUGGUUUGUCGUUUAUUGAACAAAAAUGUUUUUUUCUCAUUGAUUAUUGGACAUUUUUUAAUAACAGAGGAGCUUUUUCAUCGAGUUUGUUGAAGCUGCAGCUGUGAUUAACCCCAAAUGUGUGACCUCGUCAGGGGAAGAUGACGUCCAGCUUCUCUAAAAAACUCAUUUCAGGAGGAUUGCAUUGUUGUUAAACCUGCGUGAUGAUGAUGAUGAUGAUGAUGAUGAUGAAGACGGCGUUUCAAGGCUUUAAGAAGCUGAUUAAAUAGUUAAAAGAGGAAACUUUGUCAGUCAACUGCCGUCUGAAACAUUUCACUUCAGCUGAGUCUUGAUGUUUGUGUGAUGGAUGUUGCGUCCAGUCGACUGUUGUUGCUUUUGUACUCGUGUUUGAAGAUUACAAAUAAAA